AUGUGGGAUACGGUCAGCGCCUUUAUAGCUCGUUUAGUUUCACGAUUUCCGGGAACUUCAAUAUGUGGCAGUAUCCUCAUAUGUCUCGUCUUAUCCGCUGGUCUUCAUCGGAUGCGAUUUGAGCAAGACAUUCGCAAGUCUUUUUCUCCCGAUGAUUCCAUCAGCGGACAAGAAACUCGUACAUAUCUCGAAUUCUACAAUCUGACCGAAUUCCCUCAGCGAGCAUUUGUGAUACUUUCAGCCAGAGAUGGUGGCAAUAUUCUACGGGAUGAGGUUGUUGACGAGGUAGUGCGGUUUGAUCAAGUAAUGACGGACUCCCUAUCAGAUCGAGUGAAGAUGCCAGAGCGAAGUUGUCAUCCACUUUGUCAGCUGAAUAGACCAUUUCAUAUGGUAUUGAAAGAGCUGAGGUCAAACGAAACAGACCCAAAUCGACAAUUAGGCUAUCCAGAUUGCCAUUUUCAUGGUCAACCACUGUUUAUCGGCAUGCAUUUUCACGAUGCCCAUGUCCCUCCAGGAAGCAACAAAUUAGAAGCAAAAUCAAUCAUCUUAUGGUAUUUCUCUCGGGUGGAUACUCCAGAAAGAAAGCGUAUCUACAAGGAAACCACGCUCAAUCUAUUCCGUGUCAGUAACGACGGCUCAUUUUCUGAUCUCAUUGAUUUUCGUAUAUUUGGCGAUGAAAUCGCUAACUCUGAAAUGGUUCGAGGUGCUCUUGAGGCCACAUUCUUAAUGUCCAUAGGUUUCGUAUUUUUACUUAUUUUUGUGAUUGCUGUCAUUUGGCGACAAAGCUCACUUCGUGCUACUCCUUUCCUCGUGGCUGUGACCUUGUUGACUCCAUUUCUGGCAACAGUCUCGGCUUUUGGAUUGUUGUCAUGGUUGAGGUACCCAAUCUAUUCGAUGCAAUGUGUCACACCAUUUUUGGUGCUAGGGAUUGGUGUUGACGACGCUUUCAUACUUAUCCACCGAUGGAAACACCGUUCAGAUAUCACAGAUCACUCAGCGCGCUUGACACAGGUCAUUGUCGAUGUUGGUCCUUCGAUCACUAUUACCUCACUCACUAAUAUCAUUGCUUUCGGAGUUGGAACUUUCACUCCCACACCUCAGAUGUCCCUGUUCUGCUUGGCCACCUCUAUCGCUCUACUUAUCGACUACAUCGUGACAUAUACUAUUCUAGCACCGGUUGUGUAUCUAUGCAGCGAUAAAAAGGAUUAUCAACCAGCUUUACCAUCAAAACCUACUGGAAACGAUCUUCUGAGCAGGUAUUCUCGUCUACUGUGCUCGGUAAAUGGUCGCUUGUUAUGUGGUAUAUUCCUCAUAACUAUUUACACAAUCUCAGCAGCUGGAGUUUACAACAUGAAGUCAACAUUCGAACCAGCAAAAGCUUUCCCUUCUGAUUCACCUCUUGUAAUAAGCUUAAGGAAAAUUAGGCCAGUCUUCAACACCUACUUCCCCGUGAAUGUUUAUGUUAACCAUCCUCCUAAUAUCUCAAACGAAGAGCAGCACGCCAACUUCUACAGUAUGAUAUCUGAGCUGAGAAAAGUUGAAGGAUGGAAUCGAACAAUGUUAUUCCUCGAUUCUUACGAAGAUUUCGACAAGAAGGUAACGGACAUGGCCAGAUCGAUAUUCUUCGUUUCUGAUCAGGACUAUAAACCAAGUCUGCAUAAUUUGCAAUUUUGGUUGGAUAAAGUUGGAAACCCACCCAACAUCAGAUAUGUUAGGGAUAACGCAACUGACGAAGGACGGCUCACUUCAUUCUCAUUUAUGAUUCUGGGUAAAGGAAUGGCGGAAUGGGCAAAUCGAGCGCAUUUUGUCCAUGGUGUUCGAGAAGUAUUGGCUGAAAAUACAAGAUGGAAUGCGACGCUAUUUGAUUGCGAUUCAGCAGUAUUGGCGCUAAUACUUACGGUUGGAAAGGAUCUCAUCGGUUCCAUAGCUGCUACGGUUGCAUGCAUGGCUGGUAUUUGCUUGCUUUUUGUAAAUAACCGAAUGGGUGUGCUAAUAAUCACCUACACUAUCGCAUCUAUAUGCUUCUGUCUGGUCGGUCUGCUCUCAUGGUGGGGAGCCGACCUUGAUCCGGUCACUCAAGUAGACGUUCUUUUGGCUACUGGAUUCAGCGUUGACUACACGGCUCAUGUCGCAUUCCAAUUUUAUCGAUGCCGUGGAUCAUCUCUAGAAAGAGUGGCAAGCAGUUUGGGUGAAAUGGCAGCACCGAUGAUUCAGGCGGGUCUUUCGACUUUCCUCUGCAUGUUGCCACUGAUAUUUGUGCCCACCUAUGCCAUCGUGGCUUUUGCCAAGACUAUUUUCAUCAUAGUUGGCAUUGGACUUAUACACGGCUUAUUUGUACUUCCUGUACUGCUCGCUGCUGCUGCACGAACAAGUCCACCUCCCUUGCCAAUUGACAUCAAAGCAGAACAUCUUCUCGAGAACGAGUUGACACAACAAUAG